CACUUCAUUUGCAUGUCGUGAAAUUUGUGUGGUGUUUGUUAUGACAUUUGCUUGUUUUUUUCUUAACAAAUAAUUUUCAAAUAUCCGUUAAAAAUUACAUGUUAAUAUGUCAAAUUUAAGGCAAACGCCAUUAACCUGUAGUGGACAUACUCGUCCUGUCGUUCACUUAGAUUUUAGUGAUAUUACCGAAUGUGGUUAUUUUUUAAUAUCGGCUUGUAAAGAUGGAAAACCUAUGUUACGACAAGGUGACACUGGAGAUUGGAUUGGAACCUUCCAGGGACAUAAAGGUGCCGUCUGGGGUGUUGCAUUGAAUUCUCAGGCAACUCGUGCUGCUACUGGUGCAGCAGAUUUUACUGGUAAAGUUUGGGAUGCCAUCACUGGGAAUGAGGUGCAAAGCUUUCAACAUAAGCACAUUGUGAAAUCUGUAACAUUUAGUUCUGAUAGUAAAUUGUUGGCUACAGGGAGCAAUGAAAAAUUAAUACGAAUAUUUGACCUAAAUCAACCUGAUAAUGAAGCACAAGUAUUUACUGGUCACAAUGGAGGAAUUAAAAGAGCCCUAUUUUGUCGAGGAGAUUCUUGCAUUGUUAGUUGUGCUGAUGAUAAAACAAUGAGGCUGUGGGAUAGAACAUUAUGCAAAGAAAUACAUAGAGUGGACUUUCCUGCAGCUCCAAGUAGUUUAGAGUUAUCUAAAGAUGGUUCAAUUCUUACUGCAACACAUGGAGAUACGGUGUCGUUCUGGGAUGCUAGUUCUUUUCAAAGAUUAUGUGAAGCUAAAGUGCCCACAACUGCUGCUUCGGCUUCUUUGCAUCCUGAUAAAAGUAUAUUUGUUUGUGGAGGAGAUGAUUUAAAAGUAUAUAAGUUUGAUUACGCAACAGGAAAUGAAAUUGAAUCGUUCAAAGGUCAUUUUGGUCCAAUUCAUACAGUACAAUUUAGUCCUGAUGGAGAAUUGUAUGCAAGUGGUUCUGAGGAUGGAACAUUAAGACUUUGGCAAACAACUGUAGGCAAAACAUAUGGGUUAUGGAAAUGUAUUGAAAGCAAUAGUGAUAAUUCCAAUCAUAAUUCCACAUCACAGAAAGAAAUCGUUGCCAACUAAUUUAAUUGUAAGAAUAAAAAGGAAUUUCAAAUAGGGGCUAAUGAAUGGUGAAUAACAACUUCAAGCAGUUUUGGUGUAUAUUAAAUGUAUUUUAUAAUAAAUAUUUUUGAUGAUACUUAUUUCACACAGAAAACAUUUGAUUUGAGAAAUUUAUUUGAGCCACUUUAUUGUUUGGUAUUGAGUAAACUGUAUUAUGUUUCACAAAAUAUUUAUCAAUUAAUAUUAUUCUAAUUAAAUAUUAUU